GCAGCUCAGAUUUUCAAUUCAUCCCGAGUCGGGCGGAGUCCGUACAGGCGGAAUAUCAAGCAGUUUUUCUACACGUUUACUGGUCAGAAGAGCUGAAAACGCCUUUAAAAAGCUAGCUUUUGCAAUUAAAACAAUCGUGCCAACAUGACGACGACCACCACUUUCCAAGGGAUGGACCCCGGCGCAAAGAAUAGCUCCAGGGUGCUGCGACCUCCUGGUGGAACCUCCAACAUUUGCUUCGGCACAGACGAGGAAAGACCGGUGCGCAAAAACAGAAUGGCCUCCAACAUCUUCGCCGAGCCUGACGACCCCCACGCCCAUCGAAGGAACAACCCACCCGGUGGCGAAGCGUCCGGAGUGCUGUGUGGCGAACACUCUGCCCCCCUAAGGCGGUGCCAACAGCCGCCCAUCUACCUGGAUAUCUCCACCCCUGAGUAUCCUGCCAAAUCUGUGGAUGAAAACCACGAGCAAGAUUAUCAUGAUCAGUCAGAGGUGGCUGAAGUUCCUGAGGACGAGCAGCAGCAACAGGCCGCUGGAGUCUCCUCCGGUCGAAGAAACCCCCCUGGUGGAAAAUCCAGCCUCAUCCUGGGCUGAGCUCUCUCUCACCCUCCUGUUCUCUCUCUCUCUCUCUUUCUCUUUCUUUUUUAAUGAAUUCACUCUCUCCUCACUCUCUCACUCCUCUCAUGUCAACAGCCAUGGGGUGUUUUUUUUCGUCCACUACCACCUGUCUGUAUUAUUGUUUUUUCUAUUGCAAGAAAAAGGAAAGGAAGCUGGUUGGCAGAAGCACUUUAUGUAAAAGCUCAAUUUCAGCCCAUGGUGAAGAGCGCAGGCCGGGCGGUGCGGAGGAAGCAUGCGAGGCAAAAGAAUGGAAAAGAUUUGUGGCGCUAAAUUUCUAAGUACAAAUAAAAAUUGAUAUGGA